GCCAAGCCACCAAACUCCAACCAUUUUCUUUCGCCAUAACCGAACCACCGCGCUCAACCCCAUCGCACCGCCCGCCUACUCUUCGCCACCACCUGGCCCCUCAACAAACCCUCCGAUUCCUAGGGUUUCCCUAAUCGGCGACUGCCCCAUGGAACCUUCUCCUUUUCCUCCCGACGCCCCGCUCGACGAAUCAACGAUAGCUCAUCUCCCGCCGGCGACCGAACCGUAUCCUUCUUCUUCCUCCGGCGUCUGGGAAUUCACCGAUCUCCUCGACUUCAACAUCAACGGUCACUUCCCGCUCGCCUUCGACUCCAUCGACGGUACCGCCUUGGACUAUAUCCCUGAGCUGGAUCCUGGCCACUUGACGCCCGAUACGCCGCCUCCCGACCAGGUCAGGAAGCGGGACCCGAGGCUCACCUGCUCCAAUUUCUUGGCGGGCAGGGUCCCCUGCGCCUGCCCGGAGCUGGACGAUCAAUUGGAGUUGGAGCGGGAGGAAGGCACCCCGGGGAAGAAGCGUCCACGUGUCGCCAGGGGAGGGCCCGGGAUGCACCGGUGCCAGGUUCCCGGUUGCGAGGCGGAUAUCGGCGAGCUCAAAGGUUAUCACCGGCGGCACAGGGUGUGCUUGCGUUGUGCUAAUGCGACCGCCGUUGAGCUCGAGGGGGAGACCAUGAGAUACUGUCAGCAGUGUGGGAAGUUUCACUUGCUUUCCGAUUUUGAUGAAGGCAAGCGCAGCUGUAGAAGGAAGUUAGAGCGUCACAACAAUAGGAGACGUAGAAAUCCUGGCGCUAAAGAGGGGACUAACCUGGAUAGUUUGCAAGCUGAAGAUGCUGGUGGUGAUGGUGAAGUUGAAAAAGAGGGUGUAAGCUUGCAGAUUGCUGGCAAGGAAGGUCUGGUUGUGAUUGAAGAUGAAGCCCAUAAAUUGAACAGUGACAGUGGUGCUGGUUCAGCUGAAACCCAAUUGGAUGUCGGAAAUGAUGAUUCUGGUGGGAAGUAUGAUUCCAAAGUGUCGCGCUCCCCUUCUUAUUUCGACAACAGGACUCCUUACUCAUCGUUGUGUCCAACAGGUCGGGUCUCGUUCAAGCUCUAUGAUUGGAAUCCAGCAGAGUUUCCGAGAAGGCUCCGUCACCAAGUAUUUUAAAGAAAUAUUUUGCAGUUUAGUAUUUGAUGGCCGAUAUGGUAUUUAUUUACUUAAGAGUAUAGGAUUUUGGCUAAUGCUGUUCUCAUCGCAUAUGCAGAUAUUCCAGUGGUUGGCCAGUAUGCCUGUCGAGUUGGAAGGAUAUAUUCGUCCUGGAUGUACAAUCUUGACUGUGUUUGUUGCAAUGCCAAAACUUAUGUGGGUGAAGUUGCUCGAAGACCCUCUAUCGUAUGUGCACAAUUUUGUUGUUGUUCCUGGAACAAUGCUGUCCGGAAAAAGCCCUAUGAUCGUUUAUCUGAAUGAUAUGGUGUUCCGAGUUAUGAAAGGCAAGAUCCAUUUGAAGUUUCUGAUUGACCUCCUGAUCAUUAAUAGUGGAACUUCCGUGAUGCAACUCAGUAUUGGAACACAAUCCCCUAGGCUUCACUAUGUUCAUCCAACGUUCUUUGAGGCUGGGAAGCCAAUGGAGUUUGUUACCUGUGGAAGCAAUCUAUUCCAAUCCAAAUUUCGGUUGCUGGUGUCAUUUGAUGGGAAGUAUUUAGCAUAUGAUUCCUGUGUUGGACUUCCCAGUGGUGGUCCAGAUGGAGCAGCAACCAGGGACCACCAGUUGUGCAAGAUAUCUAUUCCUCAUGUUGAUCCUAAUAUUUAUGGUCCUGCAUUUAUCGAGGUUGAGAACGAAAGUGGUUUAUCGAACUUCAUUCCUGUGCUCGUAGGAGAUCGACAAAUCUGUUCCGAAAUGGAAGUAAUACAGCAGAGAAUGGGAUUAUUAGAUGCAUCUCAUCCACCAACAGGUCUACUGCACUGUGAGGUUUCAGAAACCAGGCAAAGAGCACUCUCGGAGUUGAUUGUGGACAUAGCAUCGUUGUUGAAACCGCCUUCCCAAGAAGAUAUCAAGCAAAAAAAGACCUCUUUUCAGAUCCAAAGAUUCAUACAUCUAUUGCAGUUUUUGCUACAGCAUGAAUCGACCUUCAUUCUGGGGAAAAUUUUGUCCAAUCUGAAGAUACUAAUGGAUGAACUAUGUGUGGAAAAUAAUGCUGAUGACAAGCUAUUACAAAAACACAUUAAUGAUGCCCGUAUGUUUCUUCUCCAACAAGCAAACAGAAGCAAAGGUUGGGUUUCACGGCCAGAGUGUACUACACAGGACCCUGGUGAUGUAGAUCAAUGUAGCUCGUCAAACAAUUUUCCAUCAGUUGCUGCAUGUUCUGAUGAGGACAUAGAGAGUAGACCUGAUAACCGGUUGAGGUUAACGGAAGACUCAGGUCAUGAUGUUACAAAUGACAAGACUCCGCUCCUAAAUGGACGGGCCAUCAAGUCAUGCAGUCUCAUGUUGUCCAACCGGGUAUUGAGGUCACGGCCUGGGAUGUUUGUAAUUGCUGCCAUGGCAGUGUGCCUCGGAGUAUGUGCAGUCCUGCUCCAUCCCAAAAGUGUUGGCAAACUCGCUGUCUCGAUCCGGAGCUGCUUGACUGAUAGUCGGUACUAACACCUUACACCAGCCUAGUAAGCCUUUUUGUUUGUAAAUCUCAGCUAGGUUAAUUUGAAGCUAACAAAAGGCUCCAACCAGUUCGAGUGCUUAAAACCCUUCUCAGUUUGACAAGCCACAUCCUCGAAGCAGACGAAGAAGACUGCCCUGGUUUUUAGCCCCAUGCCGAGGAAACCAAAUUCUUUGUAGGGCUUGCCUAUAUAUUUGUCUGUUUUUUUCUCUCUUCAUGUAGAUCUUGGCAGCCAUCAGAGGGUUGCCUUAGUGUAUGUCAUGUGUAUUUUCUGUUAGUUGCUGUCUCCAUUUCUCUCGAGAGGAUAUGAAGCAGCAGUGCCCGGAGAAGAAAAAGGAAGAGAAUACCUUUUAGAAGCCGGAGAGACACUGGAAACCAAGUCUCUGUUGGCUUACUACCCUUUUCAAUCAUUCCGUUUCAUGCACCGACAAUUUAUGGGUCAGUAUAAUUGGAUUCGGUUUCGAUUGGGAAAUAAAUGACCAUGAAAUUGUCAAGCAAUUGAGAGGGAGGUCGUUUGGAAGAUAAGAAUCUGAAUGAAUGAUGCUGAAUGGAAGUAUCCCAAACUACUUGUAAAAAUUACAAUAAUUUAGCAUACACAACAAAAAACGGC